UUCUCAAAUUAACGCCCUCUUCCUUUUCCUUUGACCUUUGGCGCUCGCAGCCUCCUCUGCCCUCUUCCUCAAGAAACCCGACCUCUGAUCCAGUCCAACCUACAAUACCAACAUUGACCACAACCCUCUUUAUAUCCACCAAUUUUGAGCAUUUCUAACCUCGCAUUUCCUUUGUUCAAAUAGGCCAAAGAUCAAGCACUUGGUGCUCACUAAUAAUUAAAACUAGUCGUAAUGGUACUCCCGCUAUUGAAGCUAGGGACGUUGGCCUUGAAGACUCUCAGUAAACCCUUGGCUAGCAGGCUAAAGCAACAGGCUAAGUUUCACCCCAGGUUCCGCCAAUUGAUCAUCGACAUGGCCCAGGCAAACCAUAGGUUCACAACACAAAUCCAGAGACGCAUAUAUGGCCAUGCAACAGAUGUUGAGAUUCGCCCUUUGAAUGAAGAAAAAGCUGUUCAGGCUGCUGCAGAUCUUAUUGGGGAACUCUUCGUAUUCUCGGUUGCAGGAGCUGCAGUGAUCUUUGAGGUGCAAAGAAGUUCUAGAUCAGAAGCCAGAAAGGAGGAAUUACGCAAGCAAGAAUUUGAGGCAAUGAGGCAAAGAGACGAAGAGUUAGCAAGAGAAGUGGAACUUCUUAAGCAAAAACUUGAGGAACUGGAGCAGCUUGCCAAGGGACGAGGACUGGGUGGUCUUUUCAACAUCAGGCACACUAAUAUAGAAACUGGAAAGGCAGCCAAACCAGCUUGAUCUAAGCACAAGAAUAUUCUUCAAGUAAAUUUCAUUUUUGUAACAAAAUUUCUAAUUUAUCAAACUAGUUCCCUCUCAUGAGGGGAAAGCAUUUUUGUUGACCUUCUUCCCAUUCUUUUGACCUUGGGGUCAUCUUUUCAGAUUGAGUUUUGGCUUCACCUAACCCCAUUUGUAAAUGUAUACUAUCAAAACUCAAAAAAUGGGGUUGUUUGUAUUGCUGGAAAAUAAAAUGAAACAAAGGAAUAUAAAAUGGUUAUCUC